AAAACAAAUCAAAACAUUUUCAAAUUCCACAAUUUAAUUUGAGUUCAUAAGAAAAAAUAUAUAGCCAUAUUUGCAUUUUUUAAUACCCUUUAAAUUUCUUUAAGCUAUACCAUAAUUAUAAAUACAUAUUUUGUAAUUAUCUUUUUAUGGCUUAUCUACUAUCCUCUCCUUGCCUUCCACAAAACAUGCUACUAGAACAACAAUUUCUCCAACAUCAACUCUUCUCUAAUUCAUGGAACACCCUCGCAAAAAAUCCUAAAUACACUCCAUUUUCUAGUAGAUUUGAUCGUGUUAUAAACCCUAAUAGCGUGAUUAGAAAUGCAUUAAUGAAAAGUUAUGACGUAUUGCCUAAGGCUGAUGAAAGAGAACACGAGUUUCUUCUUGCACAGAAGUUAGAAUUAGAAGAGGAUCCUAGACUUUUGAGCGAAAUAUGGAGAGAAAUCCAAGGGGAAAAUGAUUGGGAAGGGUUAAUAGACCCUAUGAACUCCCAUCUUAGGCUAGAAGUUCUACGUUAUGGUGAGUUUGCUCAAGCUUGUUAUGAUUCCUUUGACUUUGAUCCUCACUCUAAGUAUUGUGGAUCUUGCAAGUAUACUACUUCUGAGUUUUUUGACAAAUUGGAAAUGGCUCACCAUGGCUAUGAUAUUUGCCGGUACCUUUAUGCAACCUCAAACAUCAAUCUUGAGAAAUUCUUCCAAAAAUCAAGAAGCAUUAGGAGCAUAUGGAGCCCCCAUGCAAAUUGGAUGGGUUAUGUUGCGGUCACAAGUGAUGAAGAAGAGAUACGAAGGCUAGGGCGCAGGGACGUACUCAUAUCAUGGCGGGGCACGGUCACAUACCUUGAGUGGUUACAUGACCUCAAGAACAUACUUCGUCCUGUCCACUUUAGAGACAACCCACACGUCCAAAUCGAGUCAGGGUUCUACGAUCUCUACACCACUAAAGAAGAAAAUUGCAAGUAUUGCUCCUUUUCAGCUCGAGAGCAAGUCCUAGCUGAAGUAAAGCGAUUGGUAGAGUUGUACAAAGACGAGGAGCUUAGCAUAACAAUUACAGGGCAUAGUUUAGGUGGUGCACUCGCGUUACUUAGUGCCUAUGAUAUAGCCGAAAUGAGGUUGAACAUUAUUCGAGAUAAUAAUAAUUGUACAAAAAAAUUGCCUAUCUCGGUGUUUUCCUUUGCAAGUCCUAGGGUUGGAAAUCUCAAGUUUAAGGAAAGGUGUGACGAGUUAGGAAUUAAACAACUUAGAGUCAUCAAUAUCCAUGAUAAAGUCCCAACAAUGCCAGGUCUCAUAGCCAAUGAGAAAAAUGACUUGCAGAAAUUUUUAGAAGAAAAAGUCCACUUUCCGUGGAGUUAUGCCCAUGUUGGAACUGAACUUGCAUUGGAUCACACACACUCGCCUUUCCUUAAGCCAUCAGCGGACAUAGGUUGUACGCACAACCUCGAGGCUCACUUACAUCUCAUUGAUGGUUACCAUGGAAAAGGCAAGAAAUUUAGUCUUGCUACAAAGCGAGAUAUAGCUCUCGUUAACAAGGAUUCAGGCUUUUUAAAGUCUGAAUAUGGAGUUCCCCCUAAAUGGAGACAAGACCUUAAUAAAGGUAUGGUGAGAAAUAGUGAAGGACGGUGGGUGGUCCCUGAACGACCACGAGUCGAGCACCACCCACCUGACACUGCCCACCACUUUGCGCUUGCCAUGAAGGUUGCGUAUGACCCACGUUUGAACUUCUAGGACUAGGAUGGGUCUAAAUGUGGUUUGUGGCUCUCAAGUUAGAUUGUACAAAAAUAUCAUUAAGUUGUUUAAAAAUUAUAUUAAAAGGACCAGAUAGCUACUUAUCAGUGGAUGUUGACAACCCAUUGUUUCUCGAUGUAGCAUUUGUAUGUUACGUCCUAAAAUAGUACUACGUUAGGGGCCUCAUAAAUUUGCAUUGGGGAUCUUGGCUAUUCAAGACUUGAAGUGUAAGUUGUUUGGAACUAUGCAUAUGUACUUAAUUAUGCUAUAAAAUAUUCUAUAGCAAGCUCAUACGCUUAUACUUUUCUGUUUCAUUAUAGUUUCAAUUAGAGGUGUUUAUUCGAGUUAUUAAGUUAAU